CGCACCUCCUGUCUCACCCGCUCCGGUCUGCGUCAACAGCGGAUCCGCUGCUCACUCAGCCUGCGCUUCACUUUGUUUGUUUAUUUAUUUGUUAAUUUAUUAAUUAGUUUAUUUUCCGUGGGUUCGGAUCGGCUGCUGUCCACGUUCACGCAGACACUGGUAAAGCUGUGUUUUGCUGAGUCAUUCUAAACUGACCUGGUUUUCACGCUGACGAUUUUCUGACUGACUGUGGAACCUUCAGUGAUCCUGAAAACAGCUCCACCUGCUGCUGCACCAUGAUGUGUGUAUGAUGUCAGAGAGCCGCUGCGAUGGCGUGCAGCAGCCGUCAGACCAACGCCGAGACUCUGGAGGGCUUUCAUGAGGUGAACUUGGCCUCGCCCACCACACCUGACCUUCAGAAUCAAGCGGAGCAGCGCCCGCCUCCUCGCCACAGCGCCCCGCCCACCGCUCUGUACCGCACCCACUCUCUGGGAGCGCCCCCUCCUGGCCUCCGCACCUCACUGCGGGCGGACCAGCUGCCCACUCAGCCGGUUUACUCCACGCCCAGACACAGUCACAAUGGAAGCGUGCCGGGUCUGGAGUCCGAGUCCUCCGACGGCAACUUCCUGUCCGGGGAGGAAGUGGAGGAGUGCAGCGCUCUGAGCGACAGCCUGUCGAGGCUGAGGAGUCCGUCUGUGAUGGAGGUCAGAGAGAAGGGAUACGAGAGGCUCAAGGAGGAGCUGGCCAAGGCUCAGAGGGAUCUGCUGUUGAAGGAUGAGGAGUGUGAGAGAUUGUCUAAAGUCAGAGAUCAGCUCGGCCAGGAGCUGGAGGAACUCACCGCCAGUCUCUUCCAGGAAGCUCACAAAAUGGUGAGAGAAGCAAACGUCAAACAGGCGACGGCUGAAAAACAACUGAAAGAAGCUCUGGGCAAGAUCGAUGUCCUCCAGGCCGAGGUCCAGGCUCUGAAGACGCUGGUCCUGUCGUCACCGACGUCUCCUGUGGGUGAACUUCCUCCCGCUGGCGUGAAGACGGCGUUCAGGAAAGGUCACAGCAGAAACAAGAGCACGUCCUCUGCCAUCCUGGGGACACAACCCGACCCGUCUGCCACACAGCCCAUCGUCCGAGAGUGUAGAGAGGUGGACACUCAGCUGUUCACUGAGUUCAAGACGUGGAGGGAGGAGCCGACGCUGGAGCGCAGCUGCAGCUUCCUGGACAGAGUUUACCGCGAGGACAUUUACCCGUGUCUCACCUUCAACAAGAGCGAGCUGGGAUCGGCCAUCUUAGAAGCCGUGGAGCAGAACACGCUCAGUGUGGAGCCGGUGGGUUUUCAGCCACUUCCUGUGGUCAAAGCCUCGGCCGUGGAGUGCGGAGGACCAAAUGGACGCAGAGCCGAGCUCGUCACGAAAUGUGCGCUCAGCGGUCAGACCAAAACCUGUAAGCACAGAAUCAAGUUUGGAGACUCGUCCAAUUAUUACUAUGUUUCUCCUUACUGUCGAUACAGAAUCACAGCUGUGUGUAACUUCUUCACCUACAUUCGCUACAUUCACCAGGGACUGGUCAAACAACAGGACGCGGAGCAGAUGUUCUGGGAGGUGACGCAGCUCCGCAGGGAAAUGUCCGUCGCCAAACUGGGCUACUACAAAGACCAGCUGUGACGACAGCUUCACCUGCCAAUCACAGCGCUGCACCCGCCCACUCUCACCGGGUCGUGUCAGGAACGCCUCCCUCCCUCCCUCCCCUCCUGAGUGAGUGAGUGUGUGUGUGUGUGUGAGAGACAGAAGAAGACUUUCUUUUCAAG